AUGACAUCACCAACGCCCCUCCGCAUAGCAAUCGGCUGCGAUGACGCAGGCGUCUCCUACAAAAACGCCAUAAAAGCCGACCUCGAAGCCUCCCCCCUCGUCUCCACCAUCACCGACGUCGGCGUCCCCACCAACACAGACAAAACAGCCUACCCCCACAUCGCCGUCAACGCCGCCAAACUCGUCACCUCUGGCGCCGCCGACCGCGCCCUCUUAAUCUGCGGCACGGGUCUCGGCGUCGCCAUUGCCGCGAACAAGGUGCCCGGUGUCCGGGCCGUGACUGCGCAUGAUAGUUUUUCCGUCGAGCGCGCCGUGCUGAGUAAUGAUGCGCAGGUGCUUUGUAUGGGAGAGCGGGUCGUGGGGAUUGAGCUUGCGAGGAGGUUGGUGAGGGAGUGGUUGGGGUAUCGGUUUGAUACGGCGAGUGCGAGUGCGAAGAAGGUGGAUGCUAUUAUGGAGCAUGAACGAGUGAAUUUUAAGGGGUUGGAGGCAGAUUUGGAGGGCGCCAAGGGGUGUUGA